UAUGGUCGCCAGGUGUGUCGUAUGCAGGCGAAUUCGCGCCUGUGCACUUACAAUUAUGCAUCGUAAAGCUGACGCAUGUAGCAGCUGGAAAAUGGGUAGAUGGUAUAGGGCAAAAGCUUGAGUUUAUCCAUGUUAGACGGUGGCUAACCGAAGAAUAUGGAGGCCUGAUGAAAACGUAAUCACGCGUUCAGGAGAUUCUGUGAGAAUUGUGAAACGAACCUGAUUUGCCACAAGUGGACAACAACACGAGGUUCUUGUACUGGACAUAAGACUGUUGAUCUAGGCCUUAUCACCCUCUGCGGUUCUUAAGGGAUACGAUAUUGUGAGCCUGGUGUGCUGUACGGAAUUUUAUUCAUAGAGAUGGAUUUUACCCCCCCCCCUAAAAAAUUUGAUUUUCUUAGAUGCAACUGUCUAUUUUAGCUGUUAUCCGAAAUUCAGUGAGCGCCCGUUUUGUGUGUGGUAGCAAUCUUCUCUUUCUUGGAGCGCUGGAGGUCAGUCAGAAACUAACUUCAGUGUCUUCCGGUCCAGAAUAACGUGAGAGAUUUAAGAAGGAAACAAAAAUAGGUCAUGGAAAGUUCGACCGAGGGCAAGCCACAGCGCACUGAGUCCCAGCGAUGGGUUCAAAUCCAGGAAAAAACCUUCAUGAACUGGUGCAACGAGCAGCUCAAGCCGACGGGGAAGAAAGUGGAAAAUCUCCAGACGGAUCUGGAGGAUGGUUUGAUCCUGAUUGCUUUGAUGGACCAGAUGAUGGCAUCUAGGGGCGGGGCCCUCUACAAGAGGCAGAGCCGCUACUCAAAGAACCCCAAGAUGAGGGCACAGAAACUGGAGAACAUCACCCAUGCCCUGCAAAUGAUGGAACGGGAAGGCAUCAAAUUGGUCAACAUUGGUACGGAGGACAUUAUAGGAGGUAACGUGAAGCUCAUCUUAGGCUUGCUAUGGAGACUGAUUCAGAAGUAUCAGAUCAGCACUGGCUCCUCUAAGCAAACGAAGGUCCCCAGUAAGAAGUCCAUGCUAGACUGGAUGGAUGCUGUCCUGCCUGACAGGCGCAUCACUAACUUCAACAAGGACUGGAACGAUGGAACAGCACUCAGUGCCCUGAUCAACUAUUGUGACCCAACACUGCUGACCGACUUCAAGUCUCUAGAUCCGGCCAAUGCCCGCGACAACUGUUUCCGUGCCAUGCACCUGGCCAAGGACAAAUUUGAAAUCCCGAUGAUCCUGUCCCCCGAUGACAUGUGCAACCCUCACAUGGACGAGCUGAGCGGUAUGACGUACUUAUCCUACUUUCUGAGGAACGAGGGGCCGGGAUGGUACGCCACCCUGAACUGGGUCCGCAAAAAAGUCCCAGAACUCAACGUACAAAAUUUUCAGAGUGACUGGAAUGAUGGGCGUGUCCUGUGUGCUCUUGCGGAGGCAGUGGCUGAGGGCGCAUGCCCGGAAUGGAGAGAACUCAACAAAGAUGAAAAGGUGGCAAACUGCCAAAAAGGUAUUGAAGCCGGCACCAAGUUGGGCAUCAAGCCCACCCUGAGUGUCCAGGAGUUCACGAGCCCUGAUGUGGAUGAGCUUGGGGUGAUGUCAUAUGCCGCUCGCUUCCAGCAUGCGCCCCCCUGGCCUAAGGAAGCCUACAAGGUGGAGAGUGAACCGCCACCACCCAAGGUUAACUGGAGUGAGUGUGUACAGUUGACCAGUGUACGGGUCCAAGACCGUGUGACCUCUGGAAACACCGCUCUAAAAACAACUCUUCAAGGAAACGUCAAUAUCCCAGUAAUCCUAAGACUCAGCAUCAUCAACAGCAAGGCAACUCUGAAGGACAUUCGGGCUGAGUUGCAGGCUCCUGGCCAGCCAAUUGCCAUCGCCCUAAAAGCUCUGGCUGAGGACCAGGUGGAGACUACCUUCACACCCCUACAGGAGGGACUCCACAAGCUGACAAUAUGGUGUAAAGAUGACAUCGUAGACGGCUUUCCCAUUGACAUUCUGGUGGAGCCAGACAUGACAUCACACCCAAGGAAUGUCCGCAUCGGUACCAUGUCCUCGGCUUCUGUAGGAGAGCAGUUGCAGUUUCAAGUUGAUGUCUCGGAUGCAGGGCACGGGGAUCUCUCUGUAGACAUAACCAACGGUUUCAUUCAGCUGCCAGUGCGCAUCGUGCGUCAGGGUAAGGUGUACACGGUUCACACCAUGGCUAAGGAAUGCGGCACCUACAGAGUCUACAUCAAAUGGAACGGAGAGGACAUCACAGAUGAUCCCAUGCAGAUUGAGGUGCAUGACGCAUCACAGUGCGUCGCAAGCGGUGAGGGUCUAUCCAAAGCUAAAGAAGACCAACCUGCUCUCUUCACUGUAGACACGCGCCAAGCCGGCAAAGGAGAGCUAAGAGUAGUUGUAGAAGGUCCGCAUUCUAUUGCCAAGUGCAGCAUUGAUAGGAAUAGUAACGGCACAUACACUGUGACCUACAUCCCUGUAGAGGUCGGCCUGUUCAGCAUUAAGGUCACAUGGAAUGGAAAAGACAUCUAUGGGAGCCCAUUCCAUCCUAAAGUGACCGACCCACGAAAGGUGCGUGUCAUCGGUGGCCAUGUGCCUGGCAUGGGGGACAACGGAUUGAUCCACAUGACCAUGGGCAAGGCCUACAUACUGGAGCUGGGCACAGCAGAGGCAGGACCAGGUAAGAUGGUUGCUGAGUUACAGACGCCUAGCAACCGGAGAUUGCAGCUGCCAAUCGAUGUGGAGGCAGAUGGCAGAGUCACCAUUCGAUUCGUCCCUGAUGAGGAAGGGGACUACAUGUUGCGGAUUCUGUGGUCAGGCAACCCCAUCAAGGGCUCCCCCUACAGGAUGACAUGUAGGAAACAACGGGUACCGAUCGACCACACCCAGGUCAAAUGUCACGGUGUAGGUCUACAGCAGGGCAAGGUUUUUCAGCAGUGCGAGUUCAUUGUGGACGGCUCAUUGGCAGGACCAGGUACCCCGGGUGUGCGGAUGAGUGGGGUUAAGUCAGAUAUCGUUGUGAGUCUGAUACCUCAGGGAGGUAACAUCUACAAAGCCAUCUAUACACCAGAGGUUGCAGGUGCCUACCUACUGCACCUGACGUGGUCUGACAGACAGGUGCCGGGAUCCCCCUUCAAGGUGACUGUUGGGGAGAGUCCUCGGGCUAGCCGUGUGACCGCCACAGGGGCCGCACUCAAGACCAUUGUGGCCAACCAGACCUCCAGACUGGUGAUCGAUAGCAGGGAGGCUGGCUCAGGGGAAUUGACGGCACGCUGCAUUGGACCCAAUACCAUGGCAGAGGUUCACAUCGGUGACAAUCGCAACGGGACCUACUCGCUACUCAUCUGCCCCUCCGAACCUGGCAGACACACACUGGAGGUCAAAUAUGGAGAGGACCAUAUACAGGGGAGUCCCUUUUUACUACGAGUCGCAGCUGCCCCUGAUGCCAGCAAGGUCCGAUGCUUCGGACCGGGGCUGAACCAUGGCGUACUGUCCACAUUCAACGGCAGGUUCAUCUGUGAAACGAAAGGAGCUGGGGCAGGACAGCUGAAAGUCAGGGUACAUGGCCCUAAAGGCGCCUUCAAGGUUGAGAUGCGACGCAGUGACACCAAGGAUCGCACCAUCGAUGUCCGCUACAACCCCGAGGAGAGUGGAGAAUACGCCAUCCAAGUCAAGUGGUCUGACAAGCACGUACCCGGUUCCCCGUUCCUCAUCAAGGUUGUGGAUACCAGGGAAGAACUGGAGGCUCUCAUGCGGGAAAUGUCAUCCUUUGACGAGAGACCAACCGGCCAAAAUGGCUGGUCUGAAGAAAUAUGAGGCUGAUGAACAGUUAACAUGGUAGGUGAUUUUGUUGGCAAACAAGAAAACUUACAGUGCCUUUUGUAGGAGUUACAUAAAAAAUCCUCAAGUUUUUGAUUGGAAUAACUAUGUAAACAACAAUUAGGUUUCCACAAUUAUGGUGAGACUCAACUAUGGUGAGCAACAUUUGAGAAAAUUUGUAUUUGCUUCAAUCCUUGCCAUUUGGACAUUCUGCUUGCUUUCUUGUAAUUGGGGCUUGUAAAAUAUUGCACACUAAUUAUACCAAGUAUGGAGUGCUAGAUUUACAGAAUUGCCGUACCAUAAUUUAAAAUUGUAGUUGGGCUAACAGGAGGUAGAAGUUGAUGGUAUUCACUGUAAAUAUUCUUAUCAGGUAUUGAUUGGUUCAUUCAAUCUCACGUUCCGUUGUCACAGGGCUUUUGAUGAUUAUAGCUGGAACUCAGAACGACUCAUGAUUCCUAAAAUCAUUUGCUAUUGAAAAUUUACAAUACAGUGUUCCCCGGUACGGUACAAACAUAAAGGAAGUCUCACUUAUCCAUUAAUUUAAUGACCCUUUUGAUUAAUCAAUUACUCAUAUAAAGAUACUUACCAUUAUAUACUUAUUGAUUACUCAGAAGUCUUCCUUGUGUAUAAAUAAUUAUUAUCCUGUUAAAUUUGAUAGUAUUCGAUGUUUAAUGUAUUACGAAUAAUUUAUACCGCAUAUGUAAUUAUGUUACUUACCAGCAUUGAGUAAUACAGUGAUCAUAAUUUGCAUCCAAGGGCGGAGCCAGGACACUCCUAAAGGAGGGUUAAAGUGGUAAUGUACAAUCCAAGAAAUACAGUUGUACAGCAACGGCCCGUGGAAAUUUGGAAUCUGGUGUUGUUUCAGUUAAAAAAGUAGUUGCCUAAAUCUGUGAUUUUUGAACUUGUUUUUUAAAAAGUUGUAAGAUGAGUUUUGAAGCUUAUAAGCCAUUUUUAAAUGAAAUUUGGGGAGAUGGUUUUGAAACGUUGAAGACAGUUUGAAACCUUUCAGUUUAUCAGGAGUAACGUGUCCAGAGGAUAUACUGUGUGAUAUAUUUGAUGAAUUUCAUGUACUGUUUUGUAUUGUCCCAUUGAUUGUACACUUUGCAAGAACUUUUCCUCAAUCUGUAUACUGAUUGUCAUGCAAAUGUCCAACCAUGAGGAACAUUUUGCUGAAGUAUGUGGUGUCUGAUAUGCAUCUUGAAUCUCCCGGAACAAAGCAUAAUUGUCCUGGAGAAAUUUUACUAACCUGAUAAUUUUUGUAUUUACCUUCAACUAUUACAUGUAAUCUUAAUACUCAUGUUAACAAUCAUUUGGAAAUGAACAUUUUUUUGCAUGUACUGUUCCUGUUUCAUUUUUCUCCAAGCCAUAAUGCUGUGAGUUAAAUGCUGUGUGUAAUUUCAGUACUUUUGUUAAGUGGUAUGCAUUUGUAUUGGUCCGUGGAUUUUUGUAUGGAAGCAUGUUGAACAGAAAUAAAACUUGAAUUUUUUUUAGGGAUGUAAACAUGGUUGCCUUCAAAUUCAACUGUUCCAAUAAAAUGCCCAUCAAGUUUGGAAGGCCCAAU